AUGGGAGUCCUAUCUGAUCCGAUUUAUCGACCAUUAUCGAUAACAUUUAUCGAAUACCAAGAAGGUGAUAAAAUAGGAUUUUUUUUGGCAUGGUUUUCAAUGUUACCAUUUAUCUAUAUUGUUUCUUUAUGUACGUUAAUUCUAUUUCGACGUGAUAUACAAACAAUAAUGUAUUUCGGUGGUUUUUGUGUAUCUGAAGUUUGUAAUACUGUUCUCAAAAGAACUUUUAAACAAGCACGACCAGAAAGAACUCGAGAUCGAAUGGGUCUAUAUGAAGUUCAUGGUAUGCCAAGUGAUCAUGCUCAAACAUUCUUCUAUUUUAUGACAUAUUUAGCUAUAUUUGUUAUAUUAAAAUCUCAAAUGCCUGGUACACCACGUAUUCGUUCAAUGCGUAAUCGUUUUCUUGUUGUUGCUCAACUUAUUACAGCAACUAUAGUUGCUUAUAGCCGAGUUUAUCUUCAUUAUCAUACAGUUUUACAAGUUGUUGUUGGUGCAUUUGUUGGUACAGGAUUAGGUUGUGUUUGGUAUUAUUUUGUUAAUUAUCAUUUUAUGAAAUAUGUUCCAUUUAUAAUCGAACAACCGUUGGCAAAAUUUUUUCUUAUUCGUGAUUAUACUCCUAUACCUCGUAUAAUUCAUUUUCAAUAUGAAAGUGAAUAUGCUGAAGCUAAACGUUGGCGAGAAAGACGAGCUAAUUAUUCAAAAGAUCAAACAUCAGCAUCACAAUAG